AUAAUAAUAUGGGUCGAGAAUUUCGGAUCAUUCUUCCUAGUACAGUUAGAGAGUAUAAGUAAUGAAGUUAGGCACACGCGCAUGAGACGCACGUGCACAAAACCAAGAGCAAAAAACUCCACUCCAGGUGCUCUCCUCUCCUCCUCUUUUAAUAACAACAACAACUAACCCACUCUUCUUCUUCUUCUUCUUCUUCUUCUUCACCUCACCUCCCCAUUCUGCAUACAUUCAGUCUCUCUAAAACCAAAACCGAAAAGAGAGAGAGAGAGAGAGAGAGAGAGAGAGGCAAAAAUAGAAAAGUAGCAAUUAAUGAUCAGAUGAAUAAUCGUCGCCUAGCAACAGUAGCAGAAGAGCCCAUAAACGAAGAAAAUACAAACAGUAGCAGAUCAAAUAAGAAAACAUGGAGAAAAUGGAUCAGAAACCAUUUCCCACAUAUUUUCAUGAACAAGAAAUCUCAUGACCUCAAGAUUCUUCUAAGUGUUCUUGGCUGCCCCCUCUUCCCUGUCUCUCUCCAUCCCAAAAACCCCAUUAUUAUUUCUCAAGUAUCUUCGUCGGCCCAAUACAUUAUACAGCACUUCACAGCCGCAACCGGCUGCCGGAAACUGUCCGGAGUUGUCAAGAACAUGUAUGCUACCGGGAAGGUGGUGAUGGGGCUGGUGGAUGACCCCGGCUCGAAAAGCUCAGCCUCCACUCCGAGCAGCAGCGUCUCACAGAAGGGCUGCUUUGUCAUUUGGCAAAUGGUGCCUGACCGAUGGUUGGUGGAGCUAGUUGUCGGUGGUCACAAGGUAGUGGCUGGCAGUGACGGAAGCGUCGCUUGGCGGCACACCCCUUGGCUCGGUGCUCACGCCGCUAAAGGUGGUGUUCGGCCUCUCCGACGAGCUCUUCAGGGACUCGAUCCAGUGGCCAUAUCAACGGUUUUCUCCACAGCGCAGUACAUGGGAGAAAAGCACAUAUCAAGCACCGACUGCUUUGUGCUGAAACUAUCAGCCGAGCAUUCAGACCUAGCCGAGAGGAGUGACAGCUCAGCAGAGAUGAUCAAGCACGUAACCCUUGGUUACUUUAGCCAGAGGAGUGGCUUGCUUGUCUACUUAGAAGACUCCUACUUAACCAGAAUACAGACCCCUGGUUCCCGCCCCACCUACUGGGAGACCACCAUGUCCACCAAAGUGGAGGACUAUCGGUCUGUGGAGGGUAUGAUGAUUGCUCAUUCGGGCCAAUCGAGCGUCAUCAUUACAAGAUUCGGUGACAAUAUGAAGGCUGGAGCUGAGGUUACUAGGAUGGAAGAGACGUAUGUAAUUGAUGACCUGGCUUUUAAUGUACCCGGUCUUUCUCUGGAUUACUUCAUCCCUCCUGAUGAGAUACAGAAGGAUUUUCCACAGGAAAGUCUUGAUUGGAGAUCGCCUUUACAUCGAUAAAAACCCUUUUUUUGCCUGUUACAUGUUGUCCUUUAUGAUUUCAAACUGCUAAUGAGCUUUUGGUCUUCGACAUUUGACUCUUCCUUUGGUGUAUGCAUUGUAUUGGUUAAUGCAGGAGCAGCCAAUUUUCCUUUGUGUG